AUCUACAGCGGGCAGCUGGGGCCUUUCCCUGGGGUCCUCAGUCAACGUGUUGCCGAACGUUUGUAUGUGCGAUGAGCUGAUGGGCUUGUUUUGCUUGCACGUUUUUAGAUAUUUGGAGGUACGUGUACGAUUCCGCUGAUAUUUCUGAACUAAUACCAUGAUGCCGGGGGAGAACCAGUCCAAAGCCGUAGGAAUCGCCUCAGAAGCUACUUCUGGCACGUGUCAAAACUGCACUGUUUUAAAUCAGAGCUUGGAUGAAUAUGUGGCUGCUUUGUUAACUCUGAAGCAGAAGAUCGUUGACACAGACCGUCUCUUGAGUGAAUACAAAGAGAAGUGUGAUGAGCUUCAGAAAUCUCAGAGAGAGAGCAGCAAACUGCACAAACAGCUGGAUGAGGUGUUGCUGAAGCUUGAGCCCUUAGAGAAACAGACAGUGGAGUAUGAACAGAUGAAGACAGAGCUGGAGAAAACUACGGCUGAUUUGAAGUCAUACCAGCUAAGGUGUGAAGAUGUCGACAGGCUAAAAUCUGAAAAAGCUCAAACACUUACUCUGAAAGAAAAAGUUGAAGAAUCCUUAAGACAAGCAGAGGAUACCGUGCAAAGGCAAAACCUGGAGAAUGAGAAACUCCAAACUGAAAAGAAAUCACUGGAGGAAGAUCUACAGAAAACUCAUGAUUCCCUCAGAAAAUAUCUUCAGACUGCAGAGGAACAUGAGAAUCUCAAGCUGGAGAAUGCCAAGACACUCAUUCUGAAAGGAAACCUUGAGAAUGAAAUUUUGGUGCUGAAAGAGGCAAAUUUUCAACAGGACAAUGAAAUCAUUGUUCUAAGAAAUGAGAAGAGAAGACUUGAAGAAAUGUUGUACACAACACAGCAAAGACUCGGCAAACUUGAGGAGUUGUUCAACAAAGAAAAAAGGAGUAUGUCUUCUCAAACAGAUGCUGAGCCAUUAAUUGACAAAGGCAAAGUCAGAAUGCUGCUUGAAGAGCUCUGGCAUUGUGUGGAAAGUUCCCAAUCGCAAGAAAAUCUGUUUCUCGCUGGAGAAGAGGCAACACCCUUGAAAAACCAACUUCAAAGAAUAUCUUCUCAACCACUGCCUAACAGUCCUUUAGAAAGACAAAUUUCUCAUCCAUCUCCUGGAAAUCCCAGUCCAGAAACUCUAUUGCAAUCUUCAAAACACUCCACGCCUAAAACACCUCCUGAGGUCAAUAGGCCUAAAUCAUCUCAGAAACCGAUAAAGCAGAAUAAUGAUCAACAUUUCAGUACAUCAAGUAGAAAGAGGAAAGUAAGUUCAGAUGUGCUUGAACAUGUGAACACUUGGACUGAAGAUGCUACUAAAUCUUUACUAAAGGAAAUGACAGUUAGAGUUGGAGAUGACUUGUUAUAUGGAGAUUACUCUGUGGAUUUGCAGGACAUUAAAGAGUGGUUCAAGCCUUUGCCUGCAGCUUUAUCUCCUGUGCAUAGCCCCUCAACAGAGCUGGUCAGUGUGAAUGAAGACCAACCGAUGUCCAAUACUACAGAGGAAUAUCAAUCACAUAAUGGAAAACAAGAAGGACUAUCAAGCUUACAUAAAGCUAUUCUUCAAAACAACACACAAUUAGAACCUUCAGAUAUUGAGGAUGAGAAGUCACUGCUGAAAGAAGAGGUGGAAAAAUCUACUGUACUCUUGUCACCAGACACUCCUGCGAAAGUAGUUGUAUCUGCAGAUAACAUUGCAAAGACAUUAUCUGACAGCCAUCACAUGGAGGUAGAGGAUGUGUUUGAUGUAAUGCAUGGCUGUAUGGGCAGUACUCAGAAUCAAACUGCAAAGUCAGGUAUAGGAAAUAGACACGGUGUGGAAAGUUCUUUAGAAAAUGAUAGCACACAAACUGCAGUAGGGACACCACUGAUGAAUCAAAAUGGUGAAAGAACAGAGUUGAAGGAUACAAAAACUACUAAUAAUCUUAAAAGUCUGUUGGAAAACUCAGAUCUGCAGCAGCAUGUUGAAACUGAACUAGUGCACCCCAAUUCUGUUCACUCUGCAGAAUGUGAAACUUCUCAGGUACAGCCAAAUGUGCCAUUGGCAUCAAAUGUCAAGAGAAUUUCAACACUUUAUGUGAACUAUAGUAAAUCAGACAGUGUUGAGAAUAAGACAUCAAAGAGUUCUGUACCACUAGAAAUGAAGACUGUAGCAGAUAUAUCAACACAUGGAAUUCAGAGCAGACUGGCUGAUCAGUCUGAAGAGGAUAAUAAUCUAGAGCCUACAGAAUAUCAGAAAAGUUUGGAUGUGAGAAAAAAUGGAGGUGCUUGCUCUUCAAGACCCUCAAAGGAUGAGGAGUCAUCAUCAGAAGAUGAAGGGUUCUUUGGUUUAAUGAGAAAGGUUAGGGGUGUUCACUUAAGGUCUGAGGGAAGGAUCCCAUCAGAAGAGUUGGACCAUGUUUCUAGGAAUAAGCAGUGCUCCACUGCAAAGCAGAUGUCCAAAGAUGAGCCUCAGGAAUUUCUUUCUGAGAACAGAGCAUUAUCUCACUCUAGACUUUCCACCGUGAUCAUGGAGUCUGAGGAUGAAAAAGAUUCUGAAUGCCCAGAAAAUGACAAAACUGUUCAAAAUGUGUGCAAGUUACUGAGUCCCGAAAUCAAGUUUAAGGGUACUAAAGAAAAUGAGUCGGAGAGCCCAAGAAAAACAUUGGUGCAAAUGAAAAAUGAAUCUUGUCAGCAGGUAAAUGGGAUGUCAGCUGAUACCCAAAGCCCCAGUGUUGAAAAUGUUGUCAGUGAUAUUUACAACAAGGAAAUAUCAGGAGAUUCUGCAGUGGAUAGUCUUGAGGAUACCAGAACACCAUGCCAAGAUACUCUGGAUCCAGAAUAUACUACCUUUGAAAAGGGUGGCAGUAUUUCAGUUGUUCCAGGUCUUAACACAAAAACCCAUAUUACACCAACCUCGUGUUUAUCUCUUGGAAGGGUUCGAACAGAGAUGGGUCCACCCCUACCUCCAGUUGUUAUGCCACUGACUGCUACUCCUCCAAGGUUUGGAAAACAUCACACUCCUUUAAAGCCUACUUCAGUAUCCUCAAGAUUACCAACUGAUGAACCAACGAUGCCAUCUGUGCCUGUUUUUGAUUCAGCUCUUCCAGAUGCAUCAAAAAUGUCUCCGUGCUUGACCACUCCAUCACCAUCUUGUGGAGUUCCCUCCUCACCACUGCAGUUUGGAUCAGCUACUCCAAAACAUGCUGUUCCGGUCCCAGGAAGGCUCCCAUCAUCUGCCUUAUCCUCUUCCCCUCCUGCUGCUUCACAGGAAAAUUCCAUGCAGAUGCUAGAUUCUAUGUAUCCUGAACUCUCUGCACGUGCCCGCACUUUAAACAUACUCCGUGGGAAUGUUAACCUGACCCGAGCUGGAAAUGAGAGUGGUACCUCCCCACCGCCUGUUAACCAGAUAUCAGGAAAUAAAACGAUCAGUUCUUCAUCCACUGCCUUCACCAAAACAGAGCAGAAACCAAAAAGGACAGGUGUAAACAUCCUAUUGCCAAAGAGUGCUAAAAGACUCAGACUUGACAACUGUUCACCUGCUCCUCCCGGUGUUGCUUCUCCUGCAGAACAAGUAAUGGAUCAUCAGACUGUUAUUAAAAGGGAGUUCAUCAAAUCGAACCAAGAAGAACAAAGAAUUGAGAAAGACAAGAUAAAUGACAUCAAUUGUCAGAUCUCAGAAGUGCUGGCCAAAGUUGGAUUGUCCUGUUUUGAUGUAUUGCCUGUUGUUAAGAGCCAUGUGUUCGUUGGGAGAAUAUCUCAAGUGCCAAUUUUGACUGAUGAAGAAAAGGCUGUAAUUGCUCAUUUUUGUGUGAAUCAGUCUUCAGCAGAAAAACUCAUAUCUGCCAUUUUGACUAAAUUAAAGACUGAGAAGAGCAUUCUGAGUUAUGAUAAUGUACAAGCUCUCUGUAGAGUCUACACAGGGAUAUGUCGCCAGAUAGGAGACUAUCAGAAAGCCCAUGCCUUUGCAUACAAUAUUCUCAAACAAGAUUUUCCUAAUGCCGCCAAGCUAAUUUUGUUCAUGGUCACAACAUGGCCAAGUGUGCUAUUCCAUGAGACCUCAUUGUGCAAAGCCAUUCAUACAGUGACCAAGCUUAAAGCGGAAGAUGACAUUUUGGAAUACCUGACUAAAUAUCUACACUGGGAUAAGAGUCCACCUGAUGACAUUCAUAAAUUGAUUAGCAGCACAGUGAAAGCACUUCAAGAAGACAAAGAUUUGACAUUCCAGAAGCAUGAUCGUCAUGGUCAUGACCUUUGCCCAACUGCAUGGGAGUACAUACAUACCUUGGAUCUCUUGUGUGCACAUAUGAAGUGGAAAUGGACACAUGAUUAUGUUAUUGGCAAAGAGCUGUGGCCCAUCAUGAACACUUGGGUGACACAAUCAAGGCUUCAGCAAUCCCCAGUCUGUGAUGUUUCUGUAGCAGCUGUUCUGCGAUUGAUUGGACGACUUGGUCAGUUAGGAAUGAAGCAGAUGCUAUGUAAAUCAGUCCAAAAUGUUGCAAAAGCUGUAAACCUCUUUGGAAAACAUGGUAUUACAGAAGGUGUGCCCAAUGAGGUGCAGUUGUCCGCUGUCUAUGCCAUUUAUGACCUGGCACCCUGCAACCCCAAAGAUGCCCUGGAGGCUCUAGCAUCAUGGCGAAGCGAAACUACACAGCCAGUACCCUCUGCUGUGACCAGCUGCAUCACUCAGAUUGGCUCCCUUUGUCGUCAAAUUAAAUCCUGAACUUUUUUUUUUUAUCACUUUUUUUUUUAUCCUCUUUUUGUGGUCGUUGGUUUCUGGAAAUCAAGGAAAUCAUGCCGUUCUUGUACAUUUAUGUAU